AUGUUAUCAGCCUGUUGCCAGCCUUAUAUUGUUGCCAAUAUGACCGUAUCCUUCACAGAACGUUCGGGCAAGUGGUGGGGCAUUGCAUCGACAAUGGGAAUACAUGUCAGAUCGCUCACUCGUCUUGCACUUCUUUUCUCCCCGUUCCUACUGCACUAUUAUGUUGCUUAUCUCUUUCCUCUCCCAUUAUUCUCUCUUCCUCACAGCUUAGAGAUGUCGAAUGAACAAGGAAGAAAUCAAUUUGAAGUGAAAUUAAAUGUGCCCAAUUUUCAUGCCAAUGAUUUACAAGUGAAUGUUCAUGGUCGUGAAUUGAUCGUUUCCGGACAUCAUGAAGAACGUGAAGAAGGAAAUGGUGGCAUUGUUGAACGUCAUUUUGUUCGAACUUAUAUGCUGCCGAAAAGUGCCAAGGAAAAGCAAUUGGUAUCAGAAUUAAGUGCCGAUGGUGUCCUCAAAAUUACAGUUCCUACUGAUGAAAUUGCUGAAUAUCGAAAAAUUCCUAUUAAAGUGGAUCCGAACUGGAAAAUGCGCACUAAUCCAUGCCAAGAAUUGAUAGUUCGUGAACCGAUACCACUUUGGUGGUGGUAA